AUGCCAUUAUUGGAAUUUAACAGCUCAAAUAUAAAAAGUUUGGAAGAACUUAAUAAUGAACCUUCACAAACAGUUGAUAGAGUAAUACAACAAAAAAGUGAUGUAGAACAAGAAACUGAUCAAGAAGUUUCACAAGUUAAAGAUCAUGGUAACAAGCAUAAAGCAACACAUAAUAAUGAAAAACAAAAAGAAACUUCUCAAGUAAUACGUUCUAGUUGCAAGUGUAACGUAAUACAACAAAAAGGUGAUGAAGAACGAGAAACUGAUGAACAUGAAGAUGAUCAAGAGGCUCCUCAACAAGAAGAAAUCCUUCAAGUAAGACGUUCUAAUCGUAAAUGUAAUAUAACACAACAAAAAAAUGAUGAUAAUAAACAAGAAUAUAAUAAGAAGCAACGUAAAAAAUAG